GCGGCCGGGAUCCGGGCCGAGGGGAGACCAUGUCGGACCUGGGCUCCGAAGAGUUGGAGGAGGAGGGAGAGAAUGAUCUCGGGGAAUAUGAAGGGGACCGGAAUGAAGCUGGGGAACGGCACGGGCACGGGAGAGCUAGACUGCCCAACGGGGACACCUACGAAGGGAACUACGAAUUCGGUAGAAGACACGGCCAGGGAACCUACAUAUUUAAAAAUGGCGCCCGAUACAUUGGAGAAUAUGUUAAAAAUAAAAAGCAUGGUCAAGGCACUUUCAUAUAUCCAGACGGAUCCAGAUAUGAAGGCGAGUGGGCGGAUGACCAGCGGCACGGCCAUGGCGUGUACUACUACGUCAAUAACGACACCUACACCGGGGAGUGGUUCAACCACCAAAGGCACGGGCAAGGCACCUACUUCUAUGCAGAGACGGGCAGUAAGUAUGUCGGAACCUGGGUGAACGGGCAGCAGGAGGGUGCCGCCGAGCUCAUCCAUCUGAACCACAGGUACCAGGGCAAGUUCCUGAACAAAAACCCUGUCGGCCCUGGGAAGUACGUGUUUGACAUUGGAUGUGAGCAGCACGGAGAGUACCGCCUCACAGACGUGGAAAGAGGAGAAGAGGAGGAGGAGGAGGAGACAUCAAUAAAUAUUGUUCCCAAGUGGAAAGCUAUAAAAAUCACAGAAUUGGCCCUGUGGACGCCGACUCUCCCCGAGGAGAAGCCUGUCGUGGAGAAACAUGUCCUGGAGGAGGCUGCAGGACCCGAGGGUACGGACGCCGGGCCCGGGGUGCGGGCCCCGAUCUGUGGGCAUGGACGCUCUGGGUCUGGGGAUCCGGACGCCCCAGUUGAGGACACGGAUGCCCACGCUCUGGGCAGCGGAGCCUGUCCCCAUGCGCCACGCUCUGAGCUGCGGCUGCCCGACCCCACGCGCCAUGCUCAGCCCGUCCCCACACGCCACGCUCAGCCCGUCCCCACACGCCACGCUCAGCCCGUCCCCACACGUCACGCUCAGCCCGUCCCCACGCGCCACGCUCAGCCCGUCCCCACACGUCACAUUCUGGGCUGCGGCAGCUCGUCCCCACGCAACUUGAGCUUUGAGGAUGAAGGUCGAUUCUCGGACCUGCAAGACUGA